AUGGAUGAUAACAUUGAUGAUCCGGACUUCAUAAUUGAAGAAGAUGAAGAUAUCGACGACAAUGUUGUGUCGCCCUCAAACAUGAUGGGUGGUAUAAAUGAGGAUAUUUUACGCAACAAGAAGAGUAUAGCGAUCCACAAUGUUCCUCGGCUUGACCUUUCUGGAGGGGUUGCUAUUGAAGAGGACGAUUUGAAUGAAAUUGCUACUCGUUCGAGUAGCGGUUGGAGGAUUCCCGAAGCCAAUUUUCACAACGUUGAUGUUCAUCCUUUGUCUGAAGAGCCGUCAAUGAUAUAUCGUGAAAUAGCCAAAGUCGUUGUCAUUGAAAGUAAGGAAGAAUUGUUGGUAAAAGUGGGUUUAUACCAUUUGAAGCAUAAAGUGGAGUUCCGAACACCGAGAUCUUCAAAUUCUCGGUUAAAGGUUGUGUGCAAGUAUAAAAAUUGCCCAUUCUUGCUUUCUACGAAUGCACUGACUGGAGGUAGUUGGAAAAUUUCAAAAUUUAUCCAUCCACAUACAUGCUCAGUUAACCUAAAUCAUUCAGCCCCUCGACAAUUGCCUGCAAAGAUCAUUGGAGCAUUAUUCGCGCCGAAGAUGUUGACAGAGGGCCGAGUAUUAAAGCCUGCAGAGAUUAUGGGUGACAUGGAGCGUGAUCAUGGCAUUAAGCUAAAAUAUGAUACAGCUCUGAGGUCUCAAAACGCCGCCUACGAAUUCAUUUAUGGAGAUCAUAAGAAAUCCUGGGAACUUUUGCCGGCGUAUUUUCAUAUGUCGAUGAAGGAAAAUCCUGGAACAUCGGCAUACAUUGAGACUGAUAAAGAUGACGUGUUUGAGUAUGCUUUCAUUUCUUUUAACGCGUCUGCAGGCUUCCUCAGUUAUUGUCGGCCUGUUAUUGUGAUUGACGGUGCGCAUUUGAAGGGUAACGUGAUGGCACGGAAAAACUUGGUUUUGUUAUUAUUAUUGGGGUUGGCCGUGGCUUCCACCGCCGAGUACCGCCGCCCGCCGCCGCGGAGGGAGCUUUCACAGCCGCUGAGGAGAGAACUCGAUGACGUUGAAUCAACUUCUCCCCAGCAGGUGUAA